AUAACACUAUAACAGAUAUAUGGUUGGAUUAGUCGGAACCAUAAAAGCUAGAUAAGUAAAUAAAGUAUGUCGGACGCAUUUUUGUGAAACUCUAUAUUAUAUGGACGUUAGCUAGCUGACAAUUACACUGGGUUGAUGUUGGCCAAUUUGUCAGCCAUGAUGACCCAUGGGUUUAAAAGUAGUAAGCAAGACUUCACAUUCGGACCAUGGAAAGUGACUGCUGCUAAAACCCACAUUAUGAAAUCUAAAGACAUUGAACGGUUAGGGGAGGAGAUGCACAUGCCGUCACUCCCGGAGAUGCUUUUUGGGGACAAUGUUCUACGCAUUCAGCACACGGAUGGCUACGGCAUCGAGUUCAACGCCAUCGAUGCCCUCAAGAGGGUCAACAACAUGCAGGACUCUGUGAAAGUGGCUUGUGCACAGGAAUGGCAAGAGAGCAGGGCUGACUCUGAACACUCCAAGGAGGUGGUGAAACGUUACGACUGGACAUUCACCACAGAUUACAGAGGCACCUUGUUAGGAGAGGACCUGCGCAUGAGGGCAACAGAAACAUCUGAGCGCAUCAACAUGGAAAAGCUGAAGGCACGAGAGCAGAUCAUGUUCUUCGACGAUGUGUUGCUGUUUGAGGAUGAGCUGCAUGACCAUGGCGUCUCCAUGAUCAGUGUAAAAAUAAGAGUGAUGCCCACCAGUUUCUUCCUGCUUUUACGGUUCUUCCUGAGAGUGGAUGGAGUUUUGAUCCGGAUAAAUGACACACGGCUCUACCAUGAGGCAGGAAAAAAAUUCAUGAUCAGAGAGUUCAGCACUCGGGAAAGCAACAUUUCAGAACUGAAGAAUGUUCCUGCUGCUCUGUACACUGACCCCAAUGAGAUCGCUCCAUACUUAACACUGAAACUGACAGAGUGUGAGAAGCUGGAGCUCCCUGAGACAGGCACCCGGCCAGAGGACAUGGAAGCCCCACAGUGACCCCAGGCUGGGCCCUGUGGCAUUACUUACCCUCCAUCUUCUCUGCAAAAAGACAUUGUUUUUUUUAACAAACCAAGUCAUUGCAACGGACUCCCUCCACACACACAAAAAAAAUCAAGUAAAUGGAGCUUUAUUUUGAAAUUGUCAAGUGGCCUCUUAUUUUGAGUGUUAUUUCACAUUAUUCAAUGUAAAUGUUUUGCUCGGAUAAAGUUCUUCUAACACCAUGUAAUGGGAUUCUUCAUAACAGCUAGGGAUAUUGGAAGGUUUUGCUGUGAAAAACAUGUAGCACAGAUAACUAUUAUACUGUAGAGUUCCAUUCCUUAUGUUAUCAAUACAAGAGCCCAUUUGUAAAUAAAACUUUUUUGUAUUUGUUUCAUUGUGGACUGGACAUUUGAGCUUGAUUAAGUGACAUUUUACUACUGAAACUGAGAAGCCCCUCUGUAGUGCACUCCAAUCUCAAUUCGCUCUGCUUCUUCAUACUAAGACAAGCUAUCUGUCUGGCUAGCUGGCUGUUGUAAUUGAAAUGUGUCCAUGUAGUGUAAAGAUGGCCCAGCAGUCUAAGUUGCUGCCUUCAGGGCACAUGUACUGCUUCAGCAUGGGUUCAAAUCUCUCUCUUCCAAAAAAAACUCUUUCACCACUUUUCUGUCUGAUAAAGCAUAAAAUGCCUGAAAAAAGUUUCUUAAAGUAUGUCCUUGUAGAUUCUGCUCUGCUUAUUUUAUUGUAUUUCUGAUUAAUGCUAACUAAUAAAAGCCUGUCUUCAAUCUUAA